AAAACUGUGGUAACCGGAAACAACCAGAAGCUUGGCUGACAACAACAAAAACGUUUUGCAAUCAAGUGCCUUCAUUAUGCCUUUAGUCGUGAAAGACUUUACGUGGGACCAGAAUGAUACAACUGUCUUUGUUACAGUUCCGUUAAAGGGUGUAAAAGCUAACAAAGUCGAUAUAUUUUCAUCCGAGGAAUAUUUAAAAGUGAGUUAUCCCCCUUACAUAUUUGAAUGUCUCCUCGAAGCUCCUGUGGAUGACGAGACCAGCACAGCUCAGGUUGGAAAUGGUGCAGUGCUUUUCAAACUGAAGAAGAAAGACCCAGCACAAUGGUCCAAUUUGCAGUCUGAACAAGCUGCUGACAAAGAUGUAAUGAGACAGAAGAGACAGGAAGCUAUAGAGACUGCUCACACUCGGUCAGAAGAAGCCACGAAAAAGAAAGCCGAGCAGAAACGAUUAGAUGAAAAAUAUACCAUCAACGAGAUUAUGAAUAUGGAGGCAGCAGAAAGACAGAGAAUUGAGGAUCUAAAGGAAUCGGAAAGGAAAAAAGCUACUGAAGAGUUAGAGAAAUGGAAAGAUGAGCAAAGGCAUUUGGCUGAAGAGGAAAAGGCGAGACUGCUUCAAGAAAGAAAAGCGGCAGAAGAGGCUAAAAGAGCGGAACAGAAAGUAGUAAAAAGAAGUAAAAAGAAAGGCAAUAUAUUUGAUGAUGUUGCACAAGGUAUUUCUACGAGAGAGUCUGGUCAUAUUGAGAUCUCGUUUACUCCAAGGGUGUUUCCCACACCUAUUAGAGAAUCCCAGACUCCAUUGGAAGAGGAGUGGUUGAAGAAGCAAGCGGAAGCGGCACGUGUUAUAGAAAUCGCAGACAAAGAUCUGUCGGAGGAAGAAAAGAAUCCACUGUGGCUCAGAGACAAGGGAAAUUCCUUCUUCCAAGCGGGUAACUAUAAAGCCGCAGUGAAUGUCUACUCUCACGCCAUUCGACUCAACAGCAAGCUUCCAGCUUUAUAUUCAAAUAGAAGUGCCUGUCAUCUGAAGUUGCGUAACUUUUUCAAAUGCAUUGACGAUUGUUCAAAAGCUCUAGAACUCCUGACUCCGCCAGUUCCGCAGAAUGCAAACAGUCGCUGCAAGGCGUUGGUUCGGAGAGGGACAGCGUUCUGUGAGCUGGAGAUGUAUAUUGAAGGUCUGCAAGACUACGAAUCCGCACUGAAACUCCAGCCUAACGGUGAACAGCUGCAAGCAGACGCUGACAGAAUCCGACAGAUUAUACAGGGCAGCACAGAAAGUUGAAACCCCCAGUCGCACCUCCUGAUCCGUUAAAUGUCUCACGAAAACAUACACUCAACUACAACUUUCACAAACACCUGAUAUCAUCACUGUUGUGACAGUGAUUCAUGAGUGCAUCUCAUCACAGCUGUAAUUAUUCCAAUGAGUUCUCUCCUGUGCCAGUUUUGAUUCAGUAAAACUAGUCUGGGAGUGGCGGUCCUCUUUGUGGUGAUCAAAAGGAUGUAUUGUCUAGUAAAGUAUCUCAUUGGGAGUGGCUGUCCUCUUAUAGAUGAGGCACUAGAUAGAGAGUCGUUGAAUCAUCUAGUAGACUAUUUUGGCAAAUAACCAUUCGACUCUGUCUUGACCAGAGAUAGGGUGUUGAUUACAUACAGUGAAACCUCUCAAGACCGGACCGUCUGUAAACCGGAAAUUCCUUCAAAACCGGACACUUUACAGAGUCCCUUUUUUAAAAACCAGGACAAAACACAACCUCUCUAAACAAGAUCCCUCUUAAAACCGGACAUUUGUCUUGGUCGCAAGGGUGUCCUGUUUAGAGGGGUUUCACCGUAUAACGGUUUUGUCGUUGAAAUUAAUAAACUUGACAAUGUGUGUUUUCAUCAUCUGCCUCAGUACAAGUUAAAACCUAAGUCCACUGAUGAUGGUUGAUCCCACGACCCAUAACACCACAUACGAGCGCUGAUCCCUCCCCAGCCCCCAACCCCCCCCCCCCCCCCCCCCAUGAUUUAAAUAUUUAAGAUAUACUAUCUACGGCCAUAAAAUAAAUGCUGUAUUUUUCAUCCUCAUGGUGGGCAGACAUGCAUAAGGGGGCUGGGGGUGGGGGUGGAGGGAUUUUUUGUGAAUAUUAAAGACGGAUCACUGGCAUAGCCAGAGGGUCGGCCAUAGGGGCCAUUUUUCAUGUAGGCUGCAAGUAUAUAAAACUGAGUUUCAAAACUGUAUGUACAGGAACUCUCUUUCACUUCUGUAUAUAUAUAUAUAUAUAUAUCUUAAAGAGAUUGUGUUUAUAAAAAUUAUCAGCUAUGCAUUGAUAUUAUGUUGGAAUUGAACAUAUCUUAUCCCAAAAUCGUGCACAGUGUUAUAUUUUUUUUCUUCUUUCUUGUAUAAUCUCUCAGAAUCACUUAUUGUUCAUAAAUAUAAUAUUAACGUGUGAUAUUUACCAAGUUAUUUACUCAUUAACUAAAUAUCAUAUACCAUUUUUAUUAUCUGUGUUGUGUACAGCAUUGUCCAUUUUGGUACCCCACACCCCUCCCGUAGUCCCCCUUUCCAUUAGCAAUCAUUUUAAAACUGGUUUGGACGUGGGACACUGGUAAAGCGUUUGCCGUCCGUGGGUCCAUUGGGCUAUUUCUCGGUUCAGCCAGUGCACCAUGAAGCCGCAUUAGUAUGUCCUAUCCUGUCUGUAGGAUGGCGCAUAUAAAAGAUAUCUUGCUAUCAAUGGAAAAAUGGUAACGAGCUACUAUCGGCAAACUAGGUUCCAAAACAUAUAUAGCUCCCUUUUUCCAUUUCAAAAUUGCGCCAACAUUCCUUCAUUCAAAUUGCGCACCAUUCCAAAUUCUAUAGCACCAAAACCAACCAACCCCCCCCCCCCCCCGCCUGUUGCCGACCUCGGUCGGGCUAGUGGUGCUCCCUUGAACCUGUCAGUGCGGCCGGUCCCCCCCCCCCCCCCCCAAUCCAUUACUGUCCUGGACGGAGGAGCCGGCCGAGGCCAGCACCUGUGCCCAUGACAGGCGUGCGCUUGCUCCGAAUGUGUACGUUAAACUGUAUGACUUGACGGAAAAUUUCAAAAUGCUCUCCCCCACACACACACGAGAGAGAGAGAGAGAGAGAGAGAGAGAGAGAGAGAGAGAGAGAGAGAGAGAGAGAGAGGGAGAGAGGAAGCGAGACUGCAUUAGUUUUAAGUCUGUACUUUGUAUAAGCAUGGGCUCUGGUCUGAAAGACUUGUUGAUUAAAUAUAAGCAAACGUAUCCAUAUCUCACACACACACACACACACACACACACACACACACACUUUAUUUAUGUUUAUUUGCUCAACACUGCCCAGUUAAUGCAAAAUGUGUAUAAUUGUCAGAUAGUUAUAAUGAACAUUGAAAUAAAUACAUUCCGUCCAUAUAA